AUGGGUAUAUGCCUGCACAAGCAAAAAUUCAAAAAUGAUGUAACUCCAGAUUUUAUAUCUCCAGCUAAGCUAGAAUCUCAACAAUCAUUACAAAAAAAACGUAAAACCCAUCAUCUUACUAUUAUCCCACAGCUUCAGGAAUCAAUUGAUUUUAAAAAAAAUAUUACUGAAUGAACAAAAAAAAGCCAUCAUUCUCGGCAUAGAUCAGUCAGUAAACUCACACAAACUGAAGAAUCAUUUUUAACUACAUCACGGACAAUUAUAUGUGGAUCUUCGUAUAAAGGACAUCAAAUAAGUUACGAAGAUAAAGUCAUAAAAUUAAAUGGAAAAAUUAAAGAAAUUGAAGAAGUUUACUCAUAUGGUAUUGGAUUUACUUGUAAAAAAGGCCUAAAAGCUAGUCCUUAUAAUCAAGAUGAUUUUUCUAUCAUUCUGGAUACAGAAUUUAUAUUUUCUGGAGUUUUUGAUGGUCAUGGUGCAUUUGGGCAUGAUGUUUCUAAUUUUAUACAAUCAAAACUCCCACAGUUUUUAAUAAAUCAUGAGAAUUUUGACUCAAAUAUAAAGGAAGCGAUUUUUCAAAGUUUUCUUCAUGCGAAUGCUUCACUAUUGGAGCAUUGCAGUGCGCCUGAACCAAAAUUUGAGUGUAUGAUGUCAGGGACAACCGCCACAACAAUUUUAAUAAAAAAUAGUCACAUUCAUAUUGGCCAUACUGGGGAUUCCAGAGCUAUUUUAGGAAAAAAAAUAAAUAAUUGAAUAAUCGCUGAAAGAUUGACGACUGACCAUAAACCAAGUGUGCCUGAAGAAUCAAAAAGAAUUCAAGAAAGCAAUGGAGAAAUCCGAGCAUUACCUGACGAGAACAUCCCAAGAAUUUUUAUUCAAGGAAAAGACUAUCCAGGACUAUCCACAUCUCGAGCCUUAGGAGAUGCAGUAGCUCAGACUAUAGGCGUUUCUCCACAGCCAGAAUAUAAAGAUAUCCAAAUUUUAGAGGAAUUUGAAUAUAUCAUUAUAUGCAGUGAUGGAGUUUUAGAAUUUAUUAGUGAUCAAGAAGCUAUCGAAAUUGUAUCAAAAUAUGGCAAAAAUUCGAGAAAAGGAGCUGAAAGUUUGGUUGCCCAUGCUUGGCAAAAAUGACUUCAAAACGAAGAAGAAGUUGCUGACGAUAUCACUGCAAUUGUGAUGCAUUUGCCGACGAUUUUAGCAAAUAAUUUUAAUUAA